AUGCAUAUCGAUGACCUCUCGUACUCUUUGAUGAUGAACUUGUACAAAGACGUCUUGUCGCGCGUGUCCACCAUCGACGACCUCUCCAAGGAGGAGUUGUUGUCACUGCUGGAGGCCCAGCGGGGUCCCAUCGUGGACAUCAACAAGGAGUUUGCCCGAGAAUUUGAAGAACGCAUGGAGAAGCUGCGCAAGGAACGGGAGUUGAAGAAGGAGAAGUUCCGGCAGCAGAAGGCGGCCAAAGCGAAGGCCAAAGCAGCGGCACAGGCUGCGACCGCGCAACAAGCAGCCGCUGCCAAGGCCAAGCCGAAGCCGAAGCCUAAGGCUCAAGUCGGUAAGCCCGCGAAGGGUUUGGCAACUUCCAGAGAGAAGGAACAAGUGCUGGACAAGCCUGUCCCAAGUGUGAAGAUCAUCGAAAGUGACUUCAUUGCCUCGGCGGACGAAGCGCCCAUGUCGCUGCCGCCACACUGUCCCAUCGUCCUGCUGUGCGGCCCUGUUUGCAGGGCUGUGGAGCCGUUGUCUGUGUGA